AUGGAGCUGGGUGACAGCGUGUACGCCGCUGAGCGUAUCAUGAAGAAGAGAAUUAGAAAGAACAAGGUGGAGUACUACGUGAAAUGGAAAGGCUGGAAGCCGAAGCACAACACCUGGGAGCCCGAGGAGAACAUACUCGACCCGCGGCUCAUCGAAAGCUUCAAUCGUGGCGAAGAGCUUCGGCGACAGGGGCGCAAGCGCGAGCGCGAACACUCCCCCAUCGAGCGCGCACGCAGCGGAUCAGAGGAGCGCCAUCCGCCGGCCGGGAAACGUAAAGCCGAAGUGUUAUCGCGUGAGUCCGGCAAGAUUGGCGUCACCAUCACCAUGAGUCCACCUGCCAAACGUCAUGAUCGUACUGAACGAUCCGACCGCCAUGACCGCCCUGAAGCAGCUAAAGUCAACGGCACUCGAACGCCAGUUGUAGUAGUAGCAGCAGCACCAGCAGCUCAACCGUCGCCGCCCCCUCCUCCAUCAGCAGCACCGCCUGGCGGAGCGGCUGCGCCUGCUUCACCUGCGGCAGAAGCUGCCGCGCCCCGUACCGGCCCUCGUCGAGCCCCAACUUCGCCCGAAGAAGCAGACGCGCACACGCCUCCAGAACGAGAAAGACGCACAGACACCCAACCCACGGCGACGGCACCCGCAGAACCUAAGGGCGCACAGCCACCCCCACCGCCUAUAGCGCCUCAACCCGAAGACGAGGACUCGUGGGGUGAACCACCUGUAACGGUAGCACCUCCACCGCCCCCUCCCCCACCAGCACCGAGACGCAAUGCUGCUUAUUGGAUGGCACGUUCUCCGGUCGCAGACCAGAUCUUCAUCACAGACGUGACUGUGAACUUACAAACUGUCACGAUACGCGAGUGCCGCACAGAAAAAGGAUUUUUCAGACCCCGUGAGCCCCGGCCGUUAGACGUGACGUAA